AUUGAGGACGCUAAGCUGCCGUUAAAACCCAAAGGAGAAGCAGUCCCACGUUGAAGCAGGAAGUUCCGGGGAGCACCUGAAGGCAGCACCAACGGCCGCAGUCUGUUCAGUGGGACGCGAAGAUGGAGGAGUACCCCGCUAAACAAGUAACCGAAAACCUCGACGACCCUCCCAACAGCCGGCUUUUCGUGGUCACAAGUCGGUCCAUAAAUGAAGAGGAGCUUCGGGAAGGGUUCUCCGUGUUUGGGGACAUUCAGGGGAUUUGGGUUGUCAAAGACAAGCAGACAAAGGAGUCAAAAGGCAUCUGCUAUGUGAAGUUCGCCAAGUCCUCGCAGGCCUGCCUGGCUAUGGAGGAGAUGCACGGCAAAGUGCUGGUGGAAGGGACUAAACCAGUGAAGGUGUUUAUUGCUCAAUCACGGUCUUCAACGAGGCACAGAGAUGUUGAGGAUGAAGAGCUGACCAGGAUCUUUGUCAUGAUCCCCAAAACCUUCUCAGAGGAGGACCUCAAAAACACAUUCAAAGAAUAUGGUGAUAUUGAGUAUUGCGUGAUCAUCAAGAAUAAGUUCACCGGGGAAAGUAAAGGUUUGGGCUACGUGAGAUACUACAAACCCUCCCAAGCUGCCCUUGCCAUAGAGAACUGUGACAAAACUUACAGGGCCAUCCUGGCUGAACCUCGCACCAAGGCUGCAGUGACAGAAGAUUACACCGGGGGAGCCACCAGAGGUGAUUACAUGGGUGGUGCUGACUCUAUGAACCAGUACGCCUUCCCGAUGGGUGGCAGCAACGCGCCAGGAAACACAGCAAUGCACCAGGAAAGGCAGGGAAGAAGACUGCUAGCAACUGACCCUGGGAACUACCCGGUCCUGGACUACCGCUCUGGUGACUUCACGCGGUGCCUGAUGAUGUCAACGCGGGCAGCACUUACCCAGGAGCAGAUUUUUGCUCUGUUUGACAUCAUUCCUGGUAUGGAGUACUGCGAGCUGCAGAGGGAUGCUUAUGGAAUGAGCAAAGGCCACGCAUUGAUUCGUUAUAGUAACCUGGGAUCAGCAGUUUACGCCAAGGAGAAGCUGAAUGGCUUUGAAUAUCCACCUGGCAACAGACUGGCAGUAAAUUUUGUUGAUGAUGGAGAGGACCGCAGCAGUCCUGUAGGUCGGAUGGCCAUGCAGUUUGUCGCAGCCCAGAUGAUGUCUGCAGUGUGGAACGGACCCUCAACCAGCCAAGUGAUGAAACCACCUGGUUUCUCUGCUGUCUCUCCGAUGUCCCGGAUUCAGACAGAUGUCAAUCUGCCCCCGCUUAAGAAGCUUGCACUACCCGACAGCAAAGCCAAGGAGCGCUUGUUUGUCGUGUUCAGCCCCUCCCCGCUGCCCCUGGAUGUGCUGGAGGACGUUUUCUGUCGCUUUGGUUCGCUUAUUGAGGUCCAUUUGGUUCCAGGGAGGAAAGUUGGAUACAUGAAGUACGCAGACAAACAGUGUGCAGAUGAGGCCAUGGCAGCGCUACAUGGUCGGGUCGUCAACGGAGUAAAGAUGAAGGUGAUGCUGGCUGACCCUCCCAGAGAGGAAUCUCACAAACGUCCUCGUACUUACUAGGACCACGUGACAGAAAAGACCGGCGACUGUUGUCAUGACACAAUGACACCUGACCUGACCGACCGACCGACCGACAUCAAGACCUUCUCCCGACCUCUGACACGACCUUUGACACCUGUCUGACCUUACUUCCGGUCAGUGACCUUGCUGUGACACACUGAUAGAACAAGUGCACAAUAGUUUCCACUACUAAAAUGGGAGUCUUAAUCAUAUGCAGUCAGUGAACAGCAGCAACACAUACAGUAUAUGGAGUUUGUGGGUAGUGUCAUGCUUUUAUG